GAAGUAUCCGGACUAGAUCCUUUGAACUAUAUAACAUUACCAUCAUUCGCAUUUGAUAUGGCAAAAAAGAUGACUAAGGUCAAGCUUGAAUUAUUCUAUAAGGGGCAGAAGGAUAUGCAUGA